GCGUGGCUCUUGGGCCGAAAAAGGACCCGAACCGGUCGGAAAUUUCCCUGCCGCAAUGGGGGCGGAAGCAAAGACGGGGGAUCCGGAGAUGUCCCCGACGAGGAAGAAAAAGUCGAGGAAGUACAUGCUGGUGCAGGCUUUCCUUUGCGUGCUCUGCACCGUGGUGGGCGCGUUCUAUCCCACACUCCUCGACUGGUCCAAGACCGCGAUGGAACGGGAGGUGACCCUGGAGGGGACCAAGGAGGCCAGAUCCUACCCCUUCAGCCCCGUCUCGGUGGUUUUAGUGAACGACGCCCUGCAGCUCUCCUUGGCCCUGUUGGCAGUGUCUUUGAAGCUGAAGCUGUCGGCCAUUUUCUCAGACAAAGCCCUGGUUUUGAAGAUGCUGCCGUUGGGCCUCAUCUAUGCUGUAGGCGAAUUGCUCACACUGCGAUCCGUCCAGAAGGGCUCGGGCCCUGUGUACGUGGUCAUUGCCAACAUGAAGCUCGUGGUAGCUGCCGUGAUGUCGAGGCUCUUCUUCGGCAAAAGUCGGUCUCUUCCAGUGCUUCACUGGAUGGAGCUGGUGUUUAUCAGCAUGCUGGCCGCCUUCUAUACCCUGGCCGAGGCGGGGAACAUGGGGUCCCAGUGGCGCUGGGAAGGCGCCUGGGCGGCGCUGGCCAAAAGCUCGCUGGUGGCCUUCAGCUCGGUCUUUUGCGAGCACACCUACAAGAGCAACUCCUUUCUGGUAGUCCUCGCCUUGCAGGCCUUUUGGGGCCUGGUGACCAUGCUCUUGCUGGUUUCUGGGGCCUGGCUGGGCGCCAACUCUUCGGGCUUCCUGGGGCGAGUGGCACUGGAGCUGCGGGAUGAGGAGGGCAGCUGGGCCUUCUUUCAAGGAGGCCCGGCGGAGUUGCUUUGCGACUCGCCCGAGCACCUUAGCUGCCUCAAGCAGCUGGCAGCCGGGGUCUCCUGCGUCUGCGUCACCAGCAGAGGCUGGGACAGCUACACCUUACUCGCCGUUUUCGCGGACCUCAGCAACGCGGUGAGCUCCGCGCUGGUCUUCCGCAGGCUCUCGGCGGUGGCUAAGUACGUGUGUCGGGCCUCAUCUGCGGUUCCCAUGUACAUCUUCUACUGCGCCGUGGGCCGCGCUGUGUGGGACAUCAAAGUCUUUAGCAUCGUUUUGCUCCUUUGCGCUCAGAUCGGAGCUUUCACUAUGCAACGGCACAAAGCUGAAUCGGAGAAAGAGGACAAGGAAUGGGCGGAGGAGUAUGCCAUGAUGACCAAAGACCUGCCGAAGAAGUCUGCCUGAACGGAUUGGCAGCUUGAGAAAAUAAGAAACGUUUGAGUGAUU